AUGUUUGAGUUAGCUCUAAGAGGGGAUGAUGAGACGGAAACCUCCGACAAUCCCGGUGUUUUCAGAGGUCUUGUGGAUCUUGUUGCUUCCCUUGUCAAUAUCAUGCAGGAACAUCUUGAGCACGCCACAGUUUUUAAGGGCAUGUUUGGGGAUACAUAUGGGCUGAAGGCAGUGUCAGUGAUGGAGGGAGAAUCUGUCACUUUACACACUGAUAGAGAAAUGAGAAAUAAUGAUCGGAUUCUGUGGAGGUUUGGACCGGAAAACACUUUAAUAGCUGAAAUCAAUGUGGUGGACAGCAGCAUGACUGUAAAUGAUGAUUCUGAUGGACGAUUCAGAGGCAGAAUGAAGGUGGAUCGUCAAACUGGAUGUCUGACCAUCACAAACACCAGAAUUGAACAUGCUGGACGUUAUGAACUACAGACCAACCCUAUGAAGAAGGUUUUCAUUCUCACAGUCUACGGUGCGGUUGGAGAUAGGGAUGAGAUGAAGUCAGUUUUAGUGAUGGAGGGAAACUCUGUCACUCUACACAUUGGUACUGAAAUGAGGAACAAUGAUCUGAUUCAGUGGAGGUUUGGAAACUAUUUAAUAGCUGAAAUCAAGGAAACGGCCAACGGCAUCACUAUAUAUGAUGAUGUUCUUGAAGGGAGAUUCAGAGACAGACUGCAGGUCGAUGAGGAAACCGGAUCUUUGACCUUUACAAAUGCCAGAAUUGAACACACUGGAUUUUAUCAACUACAGACCAACCAUACGAAGAAGGUUUUCACUCUCAGUGUCUAUG